AUGCAAUCCUCAGCCUCAACGACACAGGCAGUGCCGCCACAGCAGACGCCUCCGGACCUGUUCGCGGACGUGCAGUUUUGGAUCAAUGACGACGUCGAUCAAACAACACACGACGAAAUUCGCAAACUGCUCUUCCAAGGCGGUGCGCAAGAAUACAACCCCAGCUCGACACCAAGCGGAAGCGCAUCGGCGUCGACGCAGCUGCGCUUCGAGCUUGACGCGGUUACGCACGUCAUUGCCAACUCGGUCGAGUUUGAAGAGUAUCGACACUGCAUCGAGCCAACGCUGCCCGAGUCCAGUCCUGAUUCCAAGCGACCGCUCGUUGUGACUCCCGACUGGGUGCGUCGCAGCGCGCAUCUCAAGAUCCGCCUCAAAGAGGACCGCUUCUCGUGCCGCGCCGAGAUGAUCUUCUCGGGCCUCUGCGUGACGGCGUCCAAGUCCGAGGUGUCCAAGGCGGACCGCGAGCUGAUCAGCAGCAUCGUCGCCGCCUACGGAGGGCUGUGGCGCGAAGACCACUUUUUCGACGUCAACGUGCUGCUCACCACAUCCAUCUCGAGCAACAAACUCGCGCGCAUCCUCAACAGCCCGGGCAAACAGACCAUCUGCGUGGCUCCGCAGUGGAUCAGCGACUCGUGGCGCUUGCAGAAGCGGCUUCCGUUGGACUCGUACCAGUUUCUGCCUGGCCAGGCAAAGUUGCCGCCGUGCUUUGCGGGCAAGACCGCGAGCGGGUCGCCGCUCACUUCGCCUCGACGCGAUCGCGUCGCCAUGAGCCUGGUUGGUGAAAAAAGCCGCAGUUCGGCCAGUGCCGGCAGCGCGCGUGGCGUGUUUCGUGGCAAGAGCGUGCUGCUGGCACGCGAUGUGUGCCGCGCGAGCGAGCAGCAGCUGCGGUCGCUCGAGCACUUUGUUCGCCACUCGGGCGGCACCAUCCGACGUGCGCCAACGGAUCUGGACGGCAUCGCGCAGGCGGCGCGCAACUCGGACUACGUCGUGUGCCGCUACCGCGAGGUGCAGGAGUUCCGCGAAGCCAUCCGCCAGUCCAAGCAGGUCGGCAACCUCACCUGGCUCAUCUGGGUCGUCUCCAACGAUCGGCUCAGCGACCCGCGCCAGGAGCCGCUGCACUUUCCCGUUCCGCGCACCCCGAUCGCCGAGUUCCAGGGCGUCGCCAUCACGAUCUCCAACUACCGAGGCGCAACCAGGCAGUACCUCACCAAGAUGGUCAAGCUCAUGGGCGCCACCUUCUCAGGCACCCUCACGGCACAGACGAGCCUGUGCGUGGCGGCGAAUUUGGCGAGCGAAAAGACCGAGCGCGCGAGGGAUUGGGGCGUGCCCGUCGUGAACCACAAGUACAUCGUCGAUUCCUUCUUGGCCUGGGCGCCCGUCGAGAGGGCCAAGCUCAAGUACAUAGAUUUCCCAGACGGCGUGGAUUACAACUUGGACGUCGGCGACACCAGGGUGACGGACGAAAGUCUUGGGCCGUGGAUCGACGACGCCAUCAGCAACAACGAGCCCGUCGACCUGCCCACAAGCGAUCCAGCUGUACCUUCGCUGCACUAUGCCGCCGACGAAACUUCGUCUGCGGAGACAGGGUCAGGAGGAGCGACGUCGGAGCCUCAACCCGCCUCGGACCAGACCACCGAUGUUGCAGAGCCCGCAGACGCGACACACAUCGAGCACACCUCGCCGCCGGCUACGCCGACGCGCCGCCACAGUCAAGGUGAAGCGAAUGUUUCGUCGGAAGCCGAUGCGACCGAUGGCGCACACAGCGUGCCGGCCAGCCCAUCUUCGCAUCGCGGCACCAAACGUAGCCGUCUAACGGUGCUGGGCGAAAGCACCAAGCAGCCAUCAUGUGCGUCUGCCGAGUUGGCCUCCGCUGACGCGUCGGCGACCAAGAAGCUCAAGACCGCUGUUGUUUCCGCCGCCGAGGUGGAAGGGGAGGUGCGUGUGGCGACGAGCAACUACAAGCUCAAGAAGACCGACGAGACCAAGCUGCGCGCGGCGGGAGUUGUGGUGGUGGACUCGAUCGAGCGCGCGCACGUGCUCGUGACACCCAAGCUGUCGCGCUCGCCCAAGAUGCUCUACGCGAUCGCGUCCGGUGCGGUAGCGAUCGUGUCGCCCGACUGGCUGGGAGCGUGCAUGAAGCAGCGCACCGCCGUGUCCACGGCCGACUACGCGCUGGUCGACCGCGAGGGCGAAAAGGCGUAUGGCAUCCAGCUUGCCGACGUGCUGGAGCGUCGCCAAAGCAUUUUUGCGCAGGGCAUCUACUGCGGGCACAAAUUUUGGCUGGGUCGGGGUGUGGACGACACUGGCUCGCUCGCCUCUCUCAUCGGAGCUGCGGGUGGAAAGUUGGGCCAAGGAAAGUGGGACGAAGAGGCACUGCGCGAGGACCCAGAGCACUGCCACUUGGUGGUGGAAGAGGACCACGCGGCGGAAUGGCGCCCACUGGUCGGCACGAGUACUAUCGACGGCGAGCCGCUGAAGUUGUUCAAGAAACAGCUGGUGACCGACUGCAUCUUUGAGCAGCAGCCGCGCUGGGACCGCCACCUUGUCGACGGCCCGCCGGGUGCCAAGACGACGCCGAGCAAACGGGUGCGCACGCCGAAACGCAUUUCGCGCUAG